AACAAAAUUAGUUGAAUAUCAUUUGAAUUAUCAUUUUAAAAAAUGGCCAAUAUAUCAUCACCUUUGACACUCCUUUUCAUUUUCUUAUCUUCCAUCAUGAUCAACCAUUUCCAUGUAAUUAGUUCCAAAAAAUGGUGUGUAGCAACUCUGAACGCAACAAGUACGCAAUUACAAGGAAAUAUCAAUUUUGGAUGUAGUGCAGAAGUUGAUUGUAGGCCAAUCCAACCCGGUGGAUCAUGUUUUAUCCCCAAUACUCUUGUAAAUCAUGCAUCGUUUGUGAUGAACGCUUAUUAUCAGAGCCAUGGUCGUACUAAAAAGGCAUGUAGUUUCAAAAACACUGGCACAUUUGCUGCUACUGAUCCCAGUUUUGGUAAAUGUGUGUAUGCGUCUUAGAUAUAUUUAUUUGGUUUCGAUAUAAUAUAUGCAUAAUAAAUGAUUUGGUGAAUACAAUCAUCCAUUGGUGAAUACAAUGCGUAACUAAUUUGAUUGUAUACAUAUGACAUGAAAAACGAGAAAGAUCCCAAAUGCACCUCAAAAUCCAAAAAGAAAUUAUUUACAAAGACCAUUCAAACUCAACAGAUUUCUUCGACCACUCA